CCGCCUCUCCUCCCCCCUCCCUCCCCGCGCGUCCCUGUGUGUCAGUUGCUGGCCGGUAAUGGCGCCGGGCUGGCGGCGGCGUUGCCGCUGAAGCCGCUUCUGGGCCCGCCGCCGCCGCGUCCCCUCAGCGCCCUGUUCCCGGAGGAUUACGAGAUGAACCGGCUACCUCACCCGCCCCGCCGGGAAGGGGGAGGGAAGAACGGAGACGGCGGUAGAGCAGGUGAAUUGACAGGAUGUGGAAGAGCGAGUUGAAUGAUGUGCCUUUACAAAAUCCAAGGUCAUUCAAGAGUAGAAUCACCGUCAGAGUCUUAACCACAGCACGGGAUGCUUUUUCACAAACUAAUGCAACAUUGCAACACAUUGAGAAUAAAUUGGAAGUAGCUCCUAACAGCACAGCUGUCUUGGAGUCUGUCAUGGACAGCAAGAAGCCAUCUGCAAGUACUACCAGGAAAAUAAGUCGGAAAGCUUCCAGGUCUUCCAGCCAGAAGGAGAGGUCCCUUCGCUGCCCCCUUCGUGCCACCACUUUGGAUAGCAAUGUUGGAAAGAGUGGGCAUGUUGAAUUUCAUGAACCCCUUGUGGCUUCUUUCAGGGGCGCUCCAUGGUCCCCAUCUUAUAAAACAUCUUGCCAACCGGAGGCUAGUUGUUUAAAGCGUAAAGAAGUGGGGAAUAAGACUGAAAGAAUGAAACAUUUUACCUAUGAAAAAAGUGAAUCAAAUUUGCACAGCAGAGAUUUCCAAAGCCCAUCUUUUGCCGAUGAAACUGUUGUCAGAUAUUUAAAUGACCGACCAGCAAUUGAUGCCUUACAAAAUUCUGAGGUUUUCUUCAAAUCUGUAUCAGAGGAGGAAAAGGCUGAGAAAUCCAGAGAUGAAUAUAGUAAAACUUCUCAGAGUACCACAACCCAGGAUGUUGACUUAAAAGAAUUGCAGCUGGCAGAAUCCUCAGCUUCUUCUACCAGUACAUCCAGUGCACACAGAUUAGAUAUUUUAAAGCAGCAUCACCAUGGGGCUAAACUGGAAAAACUGAAGGAACGGAUUAGGAAGCAAUUGGAGCGCCCAGAAGAGCUGAGCAGCAGAGGAAAUCAUCUAGGAUACGAUGACCAUCCUAUACCUGCUGUAGCUGUAACUCCAAAAGUCAGGAAAGUUGCAGCUGCACCUCCUGCUCCUUCAUAUAAAGGAUUCAAUCCAUCAGAAGCCAAGAUCCGUACACCUGAUGGAAAGGUGUGGCGUGAAGAGGAAUUUAUUAAUCUCAGUAGAGAGUUUUGUCCUGACUUAGAACUGCAAUUGGCAGAAGACAAUUUGACUGUGAAGGAGACACCUGCUGAAAAAACCAAGGGGAAAAAAGCAACCAGACCAGUGCGCAAAAUCCAGAAAGUGGCACAACUUCCAAGUCCUGAUUCCAAACCAGGCAGUACCAGUGUAAUAGGUACAUCAUCCUGGCGGGAGGGACUGAGACUUGCAAAGAAGCUUCUGGGUCCAGCAGCUAAAGUAGAGCAGCAGGACCAACAGCCAUUAUCCAUUGACAGAGCUGGCAAGGAUAAGCCCACUAAAUCUGCUUUCCACAGUGAAAAGACAGACACUAAUUUCAAGUUGGAUGUGACCAUAGAAACCCGACCAAGAAAUUCUGAAAGAUCACAAAGUAAAGCAAGAGGGGAGAAUAGCACGAAGAAAAAAGAAUCUACUUUUCCCGAUUCAAAACGGAGAGAAGACCAUGUAAACAAGGACUUCUUGCCAGUGGAGAUCCGUGGAAUGCUUGAUGACCUACAGCUAGACUAUGUAUCUCAGGGUGCAGAACGAAUGAGGGAUGAAGAAAGACAGGAUCCAAAAUCACCGCCUUUUGCACUUAUUAGGAGCCAUAGUCCAACCAAAAGAAAGCCAGAUAAGCUUUCUGCCAAUGAAGAGCCUCAAGUCACUUCUAAGAAACGCUAUUAUGAUACAGAUGAAGUUCGCCAGUAUAUAGUUAGACAAAAAGAGGAAAGGAAGAAGAGGCAAAACGAAGAGAAGAAAGCGCAGAAAGUGGCAACAGAACAAAAGAACAAAAGACUUCAAGAACUUUACAAGAAACAGAAAGAAGCUCUUGCUAAUAAGACAAAGGGAACAUUGGCUCCUGAAUUAGCCACCAAACAAUUACAAGAAACAUACUCAAAACUGUUUCUGGAACAAACCUUAAUGGAGGAGCCCCUGGUCCCUGGACAGGAGUCCAAACCUGGAUAUCAACCGUCUGGAGAAUCUGAUAAAGAAAACAAAGUGCAGGAGCGUCCACCCAGUGCAUCUUCCAGUAGCGAUAUGUCUCUCUCUGAAGCUCCUCAUCCUCUUAAUAGGAAUAAUUUAUUGAACCCUUUAUGGAUUCAGCCAGAUAGGCUGACUUCAGAAGCCCAGCUUUCUUCCCAACAACCUUCCCAUGUCUUGACUGGAGGAUUUGUCUCCCAGCUUUUGGCCCUGGAUCACAUAGGUGUCUUGCAAAAUGACUUUUACUCUGUAUUGUCAAGCAGAAGGAGUCACAACGCAGCUGCGGGAUCCAUACCUUUGGCAUCUCAGCCAGUUAUGGCAUCUGCUGUACAGCCUACCAUUAACCAGUAUAAAAGUAAAUUGAACCGCAUUGAAGCCCUGAAGGCAACAGCAGCCUCUUUGUCGAGCAGAAUUGAAAGCGAAGCCAAGAAGUUAGCCGGGGCCAGCAUUAACUAUGGUGAGGUGUGGAAUUCUGAGCGUGACUUGUUGCAAGGAGAUCAGGGCGAUGGCAGUUGGGCAAAGGCCAGCAGCCCCCCUGUGGAAGAAGAGGAUGUCUUUUCAGCCAGGCUCCAGAAGAUGCUGGGUACUUGCACCCCACAUACAAGUUUUGAUGAUAACCUUCCUGGAGUCGGAAACCUUGGUGAGUUCAAAAGGCUCCCAGAGACCCUCAGCCCUCGGCCUUCAGCUCUCAGCCUUCCAGGUAACUACAGAACUGAAGGAAUGCUAGGAGAUCUAUCCAAAAAUCGAGCAUGCUCCCCAGGUGCUGAAAGUGAAGUUGUAGCUCUGCGUGAUUGUAGCAUAGAGUCCAUAAGUGAGGGGCCACUCAGUGAUGGUCUUGCAUCUGAGGAGGAAGGAGAAAGGCAUGAGCAUCCAACUUUGAAGACUCUGGAAGUGUUAAAGGAAAAAGAAUUCUGUGCUGCAGAUGUAGCUGGCUUUGAGCCCAUAAAAGAAGUUCAGAAGGAGGCAGAGAAGUGUUUACUCAUGUUUAGACAUAUAAGGAGUACUUGGGAAGACCUGAUAAAGGGGAGUCCCCAUAGUGCCAUCAACAUCUUUACAAAAUAUUACCAGCUGUGUGGGAAAGGAUUUGAACAGUGGUCAGAGCAAGGACCACCAACUCGGGAACAUUUGCUUCCAGUCAUGAGUCCCCCAGCUAGCAUUGUUUCCUAUGAAGAUGAUUUCAUUUCCUCACAGGAAAGUGUAACCAUUGCAGAUAAAAGAGUUACUCUUCAGCCCAGUGGCAGCAGCCCCAGCCUCAAAGAAGAGUUUGCCAGCAGAAAGUCGUCGUAUGAGCAGCAAGCUGUAGAAUUUACCCACCAUUCCUCAGGAACACUUUCUGCAGGUUCUUCCAACUCGUCUGCAUCAUCUAAAAAAAGAGUGAAAAAGGAAAAGUCAGAAUCUUUCAGCACAGUUCCAAGUGCUUCUCUGAGGGAGGAAAACAAAAUGUUGCCAGGGUCAGAGUAUGGAUCACAACAGGUGAAGAAUGCAUUACCUAAUAAUGGACUAUCUCAUAGAGAAGAGCAGAGCCCAGAUUCUGACAGCACUUUAGAAGAACUUUCUGCUCACUCCUUGAUGAGUCUCCCAGAUAAGAUAAGGUCCCCAAGGACUCCAGGCUCUCCUCAUUCUCCAAGCUUACAGAAACCAUUGGAUCCUGCAGUAAAUACAGCAGAAAAAAAUAGACCCCUUUCAAACUCUCCGGGGACUAUAACUUCUGGACCCAAGGCAAACCAUGUCUUCUCUGAUAUGAACCUUGGAACCAACAGGACUGGAGCAGGUAACAUGAAUGGUACCAUGCGCUUCUCACCUGCUGGUCUCCAACAUCGUAUGUCAGCAGAGCUUAAUUAUUUAAGUGCAAUUGAGGAGUCUGUUCGCCAGAUCUCUGAUGUUGAACGAGUCCGGGGUAUAUCACUUGCCCAGCAGGAAAGUGUUUCACUGGCUCAGAUUCUAAAGGCACAGCAGGAACGACACGAGCGCGAUUUGGCUCUUCUGAAGCUUAAGGCAGAGCAAGAAGCUCUGGAAAGCCAGAGGCAACUAGAAGAGGCGAUGAAGAAAGCAGCUCAGGGCCAUGCAGAAUCUAUCCAGCAUCUGGUACAGUCACAACAGGAGACAGCAGGUGUUUUACAGGAGACCACUUGCAAGAUUGCAGCUCAGCAGGUGGAGACUGCUCUGCUCACCACAGAUGCUGCUCGCCAGAUACGUGAGAUGACAGAGCUUGCAAGAGUCCAGAUCUCUGAUGCCAUUGGUGCUCCUGCAACCCCGAUUACCACACUGUUUGACCAAGAGCGGAAGCAGCAUUCAGCAUUCAUAAAGAAGCUAAAAUCUCACAAUACAAGCAGGAAAGCAGAAUCUGCACCUUCACAAAGUAAAGAGGAGCAAGAUGACUCGAAACUUAUUUCUUCCUCAUUUGAAAGUUAUUCAGAAUCGUCAAGAUCAAAGGCACAUGAUCAGAGUAGCAGCAGCAGUUUCCAGGGAAGUCCAUCUGUUUCAUCCUCCAAGGGGACCAAGAAAAUUUCCCGCCGUGAAAAGUCAGGCAGCUCCAUUGAAGAGCAGGUUCCUACGGCUGUGAAUGAUUCUUUAAUGAAUAAUAGUGUUCCAUCCAUUGCAGAUGAGAGAGACUCAGCCUCUGUAGCAACAGAAUAUUCUCUUAAAUUUGAUGAGUCUAUGACGGAGGAUGAGAUUGAAGAAAAGUCAUUCCGGUCCUUGCUACCUUCUGAAAGCCACCGCCGGAUCAAUUUGAAGAAACGAGUUCACCAGGAUUAUUCUGAUGAGGAGGCUUUCCCUGGAAAGACUACCAUGUCACCUGUUAAAGAGCUAAGCCUGCCAUUCUCAGGAGGGCAAGAUAGCUUUUCUAAAUUUACCAUGGAAAUGGUGCGGCAGUACAUGAAGGAGGAAGAAAUGCGGUCAGCUCACCAGUCAUCACUGCUUAGGCUACGUGAAAAAGCACUGAAAGAGAAGGCAAGGGCUGAGCUAGCCUGGCUGGAACACCAGAAAAAACGUUUACGAGACAAAGGAGAGGAUGACAAAAUGCCACCUAUCCGAAAGAAACAGCGUGGUCUACUUCUGAAGUUGCAGCAGGAAAAGGCAGAAAUCAAGCGUCUUAAGGAAGCCAAUAAGGCAGCCAGAAAGGAGAGGCAACUAAUCCUUAAGCAGCAGGAAGAGAUAGAGCGAAUACGGCAAACCACUAUGAAACUGCAGGAAAAACUGAAGUCCGCAGGGGAAAAUAAACAGGAGCAAUGCAGUGAGGAUGAUGUAAAACAAACACGUUCUUCAACCCCGCUGCCAUCAGAUGCAGAAGAAACAUGGAGCCUAUCCUCUGUUUCCGGCUCUGAGACCAGUAGCAUUAUGCAGAAACUAAAGAAAAUGCGCAGCCAAAUGGAUGAAAAACACUGCUCUCCUGUUCACUACUUCUUCUCUGUCUUUACGUCUCACCACUGGGCUUCUCUCAGUGUCUGUUUUCCCAACCUCCACCCCAAAUUCCAGCUGUAUAUCUACAACCAAUUGGUCAGGUUCUUGACAAAGCGAGAGCAAAAACUGAUGAAGCGUCGCCAGCACGCUGAAGAACUGCUGCAAUGGAAACGCCGCUUAGAUGCAGAGGAAGAAGAGAUACGUCAAAUAGAGAAGCAAGCCCUGGCUGCCUGGGACAUGGAGCUGCUUAAAGCAAAAGUAAACAGAAAGGGGGCAGGAGACCAGAAAACUGAUGCAAAAGAAACAGCCAGCGAAGAUGACUCUUCAGUGCCACCAGGUUCUCACCAGAAUAUUGAAAGUUCUGUCCCUGAAGAACUGGGCAGUGUCACUGUUGAGAAUUGCCCAUCGAAGAUCUCUGAGGACCAAGAGCAGUUGGAAAGCCUGGAUCACGAACCUACUGAAGAAAUGGUUUAUAAACACUCUCCAUCCAAAAGUAGCACAUCCCUGUCAAAGCAAGAAUCGAGCAAAGGAACCCACAGAACUGCGGGGCAGCAACAUUUAUCUACAAAAUCCCAAGAUGUCUCUUGGUCCGAUGAAUCGUUUUCCAUGACUCAGUCAGAAACUGCAUCUGAUCAAAGCGAUAUUGAAAGCCGGAUUCAGGCUCUGAAGGAAAAGUUACGGAAGAGAAAGUCUGUUGUUUACCAGCUGAAAAAGGAGCGGAAGAAGAGAUACAAGGAGAGACUGAAAGCACAAGAGGCUAGUUUGAUCAAGCAGUUAGAGACUUAUGAUGAAUUCAUCAAGAAGACGGAAGCAGAACUGAGUGGGGAUCUGGAGGUAACGUCUACUGCUAAACCUCAAAUUAAAACCCCAUCUUCAGCAACUGAGAAACCAAAGAUCAAGUCAUCUCCGCUUAAUAGGUCAGAACCAACAAAAAGUUGGAAAUCAAUAACUGACUCUGAACGUCCCAGAGGGUCCUUGGAGUCCAUUGCGGAGCAUGUUGAUGCUGCUUCUCAUGAGAUAUCUGUGUCUGCGCAAACCAAAAAAUUCACUGAAGCAGAAAUUCAGACCGAGGAGCACUCCCGAACACUAUCCUCAUUUGUACAGUCCACAAGAAAAUCUAGAGCAGAACCUGGUGGUUCAUUGGACAGUUUGGCCUCAUCAUCUCUCUUCAAAGACUUAGGAGACUUAAACAAAACAUCCCAUGUGUCACAGGAUAGGUUUGAAGAUGCAGAGAGUUAUGAUUCUAUUGUUUCCACUAAUAGAUCUGUGGUACAAGAGGAAAUUGAAUCUGUAAAAUCAGAAGAAUCAGAGGCAGACGUUUCUCAGAAGGUUUCUGAAAGACGUGAUGCUUAUAAAAUUGACAAAGAGCUGAAGAGUUCACCUCCAGCUUCCCUAAAGACAGGUGUAUGUCCUGAGGCUGAGCUGUUGGGAAAGAAUCAGAUUGAGUUGGCUUUUGUAUGUGUUGAGAGAAAAACUGAGAUACCAAAGGAAACUAACAAGGAUGAUGAAAGUGCCUUAACAAUCAAAUCCUCUCCUACGUUGAACAAGGAACUGCUGAAAGGAGAUGCCUUGGUUUCAGAAAAGAUUUCCAUUUGUAAAGAGCCAACAUAUUCAAAUGAUUUUGAAGCGUCUUCCUCAAGAACAGAGAUGUCAAAAGAUGAGACACCUCUUACUGAAUAUUAUAAGGAUGAUUUUGACACAUUUACAUUGUCCCUUGAAAAAGACUCUCGGUCACAGGAGGAGAAAUCUUGCUAUACAAAAACUCCUAGGAGUAGUAUAGGAAGCGAUGAUGAAGUAAGUGAAUGUCUCAGUGACAAGUCUUCGUCUGUGGCUGGCAGUGUUCAUUCAGAGAGAUUAUUAGAACUGAAGUCACCCACAGAAUUUAUGAAAAGUAGGGAACGCAGUGAUGUGGAAGAGGAACCUACUCAGGUUGAUUCAUCGCUUUGGGUUUCCAUUUCCAAGGCCGAAGAAGAAAACAUUUUGAAAGGUUUCAACAUCGGUGACAGAGUUCUUGUGAGUAAUGUCCAGCCAGGCACGCUGAGAUUCAAGGGCCUGACAGAGUUUGCUAAGGGCUUUUGGGCUGGUGUAGAGUUGGACAAGCCUGAAGGAAAUAAUAAUGGCACUUACAAUGGCAUUCAAUAUUUUAACUGUAAGGAAAAACAUGGUAUUUUUGCUCCUCCACAAAAAAUUUCUCGUAUUUUGGAAAGUUCCAGUAAUUUCGUGGACACAGCUGAAAACUCUCUAUGCAAACAAGAGCUAAAUCACCACAAAGUGGAUCAAAAUGAAAAAGAGAAUCUUGAAGAGGAGAGCGAAGGAAGAAACUUAAGUAAGAAAUGUCCCCAGAAUAGUUCUUCAAGAGACGCAUCUGCCGUAGAGGACUCACCUGCAGCUGAAGAUUGUAUAACGUUUGCCUCUCCGCUCCUGGACUUGCUGACAAAAGAAAGAAGCCAAUUAGAAGCACAACUUAGAGUCCCAUCCCAAGAGGAGGAGGAACUGAUAGAGCAAAAAGAAAAGGUUGGCUUGCUGGCCGAUAGCCUCCUGCAGGCUUUUGUGAAGGACACAGUUCAUGAACUGCAGCAAAUCGGGAAGGUCAAGAAUGAAAAAAUCCAGUGUAGCAAUCAAGACCUCUGUUCUGCCCAAGAGAAAAGAUUGGAAGCUAAUGACCUGCAGAGCAUUUUAAUUUCUGAACUGGAUGAUGGCGAAGAAGUUUCUUCUCCAGAUAUGUAUCCCAGGCCUGAAAGCCCUGUGUGUUGUGCCAGUGGGCAGGAAGAGCUUGCCAAGAGGCUGGCAGAACUGGAGCUUAGCCGGGAGUUCCUGGAUUUAUCGGAAGAUGAGCAAGAUUGGUUUGAAGAAGACUUUGGCUUGAGUUCUCACAAACUCACUCAGAAGGAAGCAGAGGACUUGGCUGUACUGUCUGAAACAGAGCCCCAAAAAGUGCCUUCCAAGCCAUGUGAAGAGCCAUUGGCCGUUCCGCACACUGCAGAAGAGGUGGAGGACCUGGUGCAUGCAGCAGCCGAGGAAUUAUGGAAGUGCAAAGAGCUGGGGCACGAGAUUCAGGCUUUCAGGCUCCCCAGAGACAUGAGUGAUUCCCCCAGAGACGACAACGUUGAAGCUGUUAGUGAACAGAUCUAUAGACAGGCUGUGUUUGACUUAACAAGAGAGAUUUUUGAAGAGAUCUUUGCAGAAGAUCCCAAUUUGAACCAACCCAUAUGGAUGAAAUCCUGCAGAAUUACUACUGGUUAUUUCCAUCGAGUAAAAGAUCCAAAUGAUCUAGAGGAGAUCAAGUGUUUCAUAGCAACGGAGGUGCUACGGCUCUUAAAUUUAAAGAAGGAUCCAAACCACAAAAUGGACUGGCAGAAAAUGAUGAAAUUUGGACGCAAGAAACGUGACAGGGUGGAUCAUAUACUGGCACAGGAGUUGCACGAGGAAGAAGCUCAAUGGGUGAACUAUGAUGAAGAUGAGCUGCAGGUCAAGAUGCAACUGGCAGAUGGAAUUUUUGAUGCCUUAAUUAAAGACACUGUUGAUGUCCUUCACCAGAUUAAUGAAAAACAAGAGAAGUUGCUGCCUGUCUGACACAGAAUCUUUUUUUCGUACAAUAUGGUUUUACAUCU